AUGGGAGGCGAUUUUAACUGCCCUCUCAAUCCAGCUUAUGACAAAAAAGGAGGCAAUCUAAAUCAACGGAAAUCGGUUGUGGAAUGCAUUGAUUGUUUACAAAAUGAGCUUGAUUUAGUAGACAUAUGGAGAAUUGAAAACCCAAACACAAAAAGUUAUACGUGGAGCCAAAACUCGCCCAAAAUCUUUUGCCGUUUAGACUACUGGUUAAUUUCAAAUAAUUUAAAUGACCUCGUAAAAUCAACUGGUAUAAUUCCCGCCAUCAGAACAGAUCAUGAUGCGAUUACUCUGGAUAUUGAAGAACUAGAAACCGAACUAAAAGGUUCCGGAUACUGGAAGAUGAACUGUUCUCUGCUAAUUGACGAAGAGUACGUAAAUAGUGUCACAGAAAUGAUCCCGAUUUGGACUGCAGAGGGACGAAAGGUAUUGUCAGACGAUCGUUCAACCUGGGAUUGGAUAAAAUAUAAUAUUAAACAUCACGCUAUUUUACACUCAAAAAAGAAAGCGAAAGAAAGAGAUGUGGAAGAAAAAACUCUUCAAAAGGAACUCAACAAAGCAAAGGAGGCAUCUCUGGUCAAUGUAGAUGCAAAAAUAAUGUCCAAAGUAAUCGCUUCGAGAAUCAAAAAUGUGUUACCAGGGAUUAUUCAUCACAAUCAAACAGGAUAUGUCAAAGAUCGAUUUAUAGGCGAAACGAUCCGAUCGAUCUAUGAUGUAAUGGUUUAUACUGUUGAAGAGAAUAUUCCAGGUCUAAUGAUUUUUAUUGAUUUGAAAAGGCUUUUGAUAGUGUAGAAUGGGAUUUUCUUUAUAAAUGUCUUGAAUCCUUUAAUUUCGGUCCAGACUUUCUCAAAUGGGUUAAAACUUUUUAUAAAAACAUGCAGAGCUGUACCAUAAAUAAUGGAACUGCUUCAAAUUAUUUUGUGCUUGAACUAGGAGUCCGGCAAGGUGAUCCACUCUCGCCUUACCUGUUUAUAGCAGUUGUGGAAACUCUUGCAAUUGCCAUUCGUCAAAAUAAAGAUAUAAAAGGAAUUUAUAUCAAGAAUGAGGAAACAAAGCUCUUGCAAUACGCGGAUGACACUACUGCAGUGCUCUCGGAUAUGGACUCGGCCAAAACUUUAUUUGAAUUGUUGGAUGUUUUUAAGGACGUUUCUGGUCUUAAAAUUAACUGCACGAAAACUGAGGGUAUGUGGAUCGGAGCAUCCAAAGAAAACAAAACAAAACCGUUUGGAAUUAAAUGGCCAACCGAACCAAUAAAAGCUCUUGGACUAUAUUUUACCUAUGACCUAAAACUGCUCAAAGAAAAGAAUUUCAUCGAACGACUGGAUAGUAUUAAAAGAUUGAUCAUUGGUCUUUCAAUCUUUGAUAAAGUGACAAUAAUAAAAUCCUUUCUAAUUCCAAAAUUUGUUUAUGUAUGCUCACUUCCACCUACACCCAACGAGAUGGUAAAACAAUUGAAUCAAUUGCUUUUCAAAUUCUUGUUGAAAGGAACAGAUAAAGUAACGCGUCUGUCAACAAUAAAUGAUUAUGGGGAAGGUGGAUUAAAAAUGAUUGAUUCAGAGAGCAUGGUUAAAGCUCUGAGAUUGGCAUGGCUUAAACGAAUAUUUAACUCAAAUGAUGGAACAUGGAAGCGGUACUUACAACACCAAUUGAAAACAUUUGGAGGACUGUUCUUUUUAAAUUGUAACUAUGAUGUUAACGAUUAUACAAUCACUUCCCAGUUUUAUCGAGAGCUUCUUCUAUGGUGGUCACAAUUUCGUGAAACUUUCGCUACAGACUUGAAUUGGACAAAUAUUAUUUGGAAUAAUAAAGAAAUUAGAAUAGAUAAAAAGCCUAUCUAUUACAAAAAAUAUUUUGACUCCGGAAUCACUCAAAUCCACGAUCUCCGGCUCGAUUUGAAUAUUAAUGAUUCCUUCAGUUACGUUUCAAAUAAAAUUAGAAAAAUUAGCUUUCUACAAUGGGCAGGUCUUCGACACUCAAUACCUGAUUUUUUGAAAGAUGAUCGUGAUUAA